UCGAAACACAGCCGGUGUGUGCUACGGAUGGGAAUGUAUCCCAGCAUGCUUGACAGUCAGCGACAUGAACAGGGAAGGAUGAUGAAGCUAAGAUGGCAGCGCUGCUAGGGUUGCUGUCUUUACAGGGUCGAGAAAAACAGCAGGAACACCCGCGAAGCACGGACGCCAGCUCGCGCUUUUGACUGGUUUCACUUCAGGCAGUCGGGUCGCCUGCAGUCGAGGAAAUAACGGUCGGUGUUUGACCCGGGCGAAGGAACGGACGCGUAUUUCGCAGUUGCAGCAGAGCGGCUCACCGUAAACGUCGUUUUAAUUGGAGGUGCACGGAUGUAAUUCGCCGGGUGUUUUUGCGGAGCGGAUUUAUGGGGUGUGCUUGGGACUUUUGAGUUAGCUCUGUUGACUGACAUUGUAAUCUAAUAUAUGCGUUGUUCCCCUAAACGAUGAUGUGUGCUGCUGCGGCAGCGGGUGCCGGUGGCAGCGGGAUCCCGUCCUCCUCGUCCCACUCCAUGGGGCUGGGAGUCAGGGUCAUUCCCGGAGCUGGAAGCGAUUUCGCAUCGAUCGGAUCAGGCAUGGGCUCCUGUCCCGUUGUGGGGGCCCGCUCGGAUUGUCGGAGCCGCUACCAGCUGCUUCUCUCAGGGCGAGCACUGGCGGAGCGGUACCGGAGGAUUUACACCACCGCGAUCAACGACAAAGAGCAGGGGCUCAACCUCGGCAGGGGAAAGAAAGCUUUGAGCAAGAAAAAGCUAAAAAGGCGGCAAAAAGUCAAAUCAAAAGUGAAAACAAGAUCAAAGACAGACACUCUGGAUGGGGCCUUUCCAGUGCCUGACAUCAAACUCCACAGCAACCCCUCUGCAUUCAACGUCUACUGUAAUGUACGGCACUGCGUCCUGGACUGGCAGCAGAAGGAGGCCGCGUUGGCCCUGGCCUCCCGCAACUCUGUGCAGAGCGGCGACUCGGACAGUGAGGAGGAAGAGGAGUACCGCGAACCCGCCGUCAAACUCCCCAAGAUCAUUGGUAUUGGGCUAUGUGGAGUGUUUGAGCUCAUCAAAGAGACUCGUUUCUCGCACCCGUCACUGUGCUUACGGAGCCUUCAGGCACUUCUAGAUAUGCUCCAGGGGCAGCAGCCGGAGAGCUUUCAGACCGAACCUCCAGAUGUUCUGGAGUCUCUCUUUCAUCUUCUGCUGGAGACAACGGUGCGGAGCACAGGGAUGAACGACCCCACCGGUCAGACCCUCACAGCACUAUCCUGUGCCUGCCUCUUCAGCCUGGUGGUGGCCUGGGGAGACACUGGCAAAAUCCUCCAGGCUGUGUCUGCCAUCCUCACCAACAAUGGCAGUCAUGCAUGUCAGACCAUCCAGGUUCCAACAAUCCUGAACGCGCUUCAGAGGAGUGUGCAGGCUGUGCUGGUGGGAAAGAUCCAGAUCCAGGACUGGAUUGGGAACGGCAUCAAACGAGCUGCACUGAUGAACAAAUGGGUCCUGAAGGAGGUGAACAUUGAUGAAGAUGAACGCUGUCUUCUUCAGACUGAUGGUUCCUUCCUGUACCUGCUCUGUAAAGAUGGCCUCUACAAAGUGGGCUCAGGGUACAGUGGCACUGUGCGGGGCCAUGUGUACAACUCCACAUCAUGUAUCAGGAACCGUAAGGAGAAAAGUUCAUGGCUGGGAUUCGCCCAGGGUUGUUUGCUGUAUCGAGACAUGAACAGUCACAGCAUGGUGGCCAUUAAGAUGAACCCAGAGACUCUGGAGCAGGAGGGCACCAUCACAAUGCCGGGUCUACAAGCAGAUGGUCAGAACAUCAUAUUUACUGAUGGAGAAUAUAUCAACCAGAUAGCAGCCUGCAAAGAUGAUGGCUUUGUGGUGCGGAUCUACGCCACCAGCUCAGACCCGGCCCUACAGCAGGAACUGCAGCUCAAACUGGCCAGGAAGUGUCUUCAUGCCUGUGGCAUCUCCCUCUUUGACCUGGAGAAAGACCUUCAUAUCAUUAGCACAGGGUUUGAUGAGGAAGCAGCCCUGAUUGGAGCUGGCAGAGAGUUUGCUUUGAUGAAAACGGCAUCUGGGAAGAUCUACUAUACUGGAAAGUAUCAGAGCCUCGGUAUCAAGCAGGGCGGCCCGUCGGCUGGGAAGUGGGUGGAGCUGCCAGUAACUAAGUCGCCCAAGAUUGUGCAGUUCUCAGUGGGCCAUGACGGCUCCCACGCCCUGCUGGUGGCGGAGGAUGGGAGCGUCUUCUUCACGGGCUCUGCCAGCAAAGGGGAGGACGGAGAGUCAACAAAGAGCAGGAGACAACCAAAGCCCUACAAACCCAAGAAGAUGAUCAAACUCGAGACCAAGACCGCCAUCUAUACGGCCUGCAACAAUGGCAGUAGCAGCAUUGUCACUAAAGAUGGAGAGCUCUACAUGUUUGGCAAGGAUGCCAUUUACAGCGACAGUACCUGUCAGGUGUCAGAUCUGAAGGGACACUUUGUAACUCAGGUAGCCAUGGGAAAAGCUCACACCUGUGUCCUGACCAAGAGCGGGGAGGUGUGGACAUUUGGAGUGAACAACAAGGGCCAGUGUGGCCGAGACACUGGAGCCAUGAGCCAGGCAGGGAAAGCAUUUGGAGUAGAGAACAUGGCCACCGCGAGACAGUAUAAUGCCUAA